AAGAGGCUUUAAAAAGAACUUAAUUUAAUCUAACCUAGCUUAAUAUAACCUAAUUUGUGUUAUAAACACGUAUGUAUAUAACGGUUUUAGCUAUGAUGUUUUAGCUUAGUUUAUGUAUACUGUGUAACAUAGUGCUUCACUGUGAAGUAAAAAUAUUAGAAUUUAGAAAUGAAAACGCCCAAGGACAAAUCGAAAGAUUUCAAAAUGCUAUGGAUUCGUUUUGACGAAGACAGCUCGGACAAGCAUCAGUUAUUUUUCAAAGAGCACUCUAUAAGAAAUCAACAGCCUGAAUAUCCUAGGCAUAAAACUCUCUUUUUGUUAAAUGUGCCACCAUAUGCAACCAAUGAUAGUUUGAAAAAUGCAUUUACUGAACUUUGUGGACAAGUACAUUUUGUUACAUUUGCGAACACAAAGGGAUUCAAGACUGCAUAUAUUGUUUUUGAGAAGGAAUCUUCUUUAAAUAAAGCACUAGAACUUUCAAAUACAAGUAUAAUUACAUUGAAUAAUGAUAAAAAUCUGUGUCUUACAGGAAUAAAAAAAUGGUGUAAAGAAUAUAAUGAUUCCAUUUACAAUGAGAAAACAUUAAAACAAGAAAUAGAUGAGUAUAUGUCUGUUUAUGACAAGCAAAUAGAGGAACGUAUUGCAAAAGAGAAAACUACAGAAGAAGAUGAAGAAGGUUGGAUUACUGUAACAGGUGGAAAGAAGAGAGGGCAAUUUGCACCUUCCAGAAAAGAAUCUACUAUUGGCAAAGUACAACAAAAAGAGGAACAACGAAAGAAAAAGAACCAGUUACUUAAUUUCUAUACUUUCCAAGUUCGCGAAUCAAAGAAGCAAAAUCUAGCAGAGUUGCGAAAGAAGUUUGAACAGGACAAAAAGAGAUUACAAGAAUUAAAAGUAAAACGAACAUUUAAGCCAUUUUAAAAUGUUUUUAUAUUAAUAAGUUAUAAAAAUGUGUAAAUUU